UACUGGAGUGAGCCGGUGAGUCGCUAAAUGCUCAUCCCUAAUGCGCCGUAUGUCGGUUAUUGCAACGCGGAAAUGCAUCAUCUGUGAAUUAAUCGCGUUGCGAAUAAUUUCAAGCGCGUAAAUUAUUUGGCCGUCUGUGUGCCAUGCAGGCCAUAUUGCCCAAAACUCCGGGCACCAAAAACCAGAGGAAGAGUGUGAAAAGUGCAAGUGCCGGCUCGGCCCCUCGGAUCUACCAUUGUCCCAUUUGCUUUGCCGGCUUCGUUCGCUUCUCGACCUGCCGGUCCCACACACUCGAAUGCGAACCGACAAAUGAGCUGCUUUAUGUCUGCAAAUAUUGUCUGACGCUAUAUGGGGAUGAGGAGGUGCUUCAGCGUCACAUCUUGCGGUUGCACAGCGAUCGGCGUUUCCUGUGCCUGCAAUGUGGUAGCGAGGGGAAACGCUAUGCGGCUUCUGGUUUCCUCUACAAGCACAUCAAUAGCUGGCAUGGCGGUCACUCGCUCUUCUACUGUGCUUUGUGCGCCGACGAUUGCAACGAUGCUAGAACGUUUAGCAGCCAUGCGGCGCUGAUCGCGCACGCCGCUGGCGAACAUCAGUUGUACGCGAGUGCGACGCGCAGCGAUGCGGACACCGACAGUGUGGCCGAUGCCGAUGAGACAGAAGAUCUGGAAAUGCUGGAGGAGAACAUCGAUGAGUUGCUGCCGCCCGUUGACUGGGACGACGAUGUUCAAUUCGGCUGGCCGACCGGUCUCAGCAAGGAGGACUGCAUAGCCGAUCCCAGGCCGCCGGCUUAUGUGUGUCCAGUGUGUGGCAACGGCUUUCCCGGCAGCCUCAGUCUGCUCAACCACAUCGACAAGGACCACAAGUCCCGCAAUCCCCUGCACUGCAUCUACUGCGGCAAGGAGCAUGAGACGCGCGAAGCUGUGCGCUCCCACCUCCAACGCCAGCACGUCCUCGUCCGUCCGCACAUCUGCAAGACAUGCAAUCGGGACUUUGCCACGGCAGACCAUCUCCACAAGCACGCACAGAGCCAGCACCAGACACAGCUGCCGUUUGUCUGUCCCGCGACCACCUGCAACAAAGCGUUCGCCCAGCUCGGCCAUCUCAAGCGGCAUAUGGAGACGGACAGACACCACAAGACCUAUAUCUGCGCCCUGUGCGACGAUCAGUUCUUUCGACGUAUCGAUCUCGAACGGCAUGUGAUCCGCAAACAUCCGUAGCGCUUCCAUCAGCAACUAAGAUGGCGCAAACUACUCUCAAUUAAAGCAACACAAAACUAACAAUAACAACAACUGAAAACCAAAUUCAGCAAUGACACCCACCACCACCACCACCCAAACAGCACGCCCCUCUCACGCCCACAGUAGCAGUAAUGAUCUACAGCAUGCGCAGCAGCGACGUCGCCGUCAACCGGCAGCGAACUCUCAGUUUUCUCUCCCUCUUCCUGUGUUAGUGCUGUUGCUACUGGUGCUGCUGCAAUGCAGCAGAACAGUCGCCGCUGCGCAGUUAAAGUUGCGCUCCUCCUACGCUGGCGGUCCAACGCCAACCCCUUCUAUGGGUGGUGCACGUCGUCAGAUACGUCAAG